GGCCCGCAGAUAGCUGGACGGAAGAAGCUGCUUCGGGUGCUCGCUGUAGUUGUAAGAGCCGGUUGGCUCUGACUCCUGGAAUGAACUAUUUUUCAGGAAUAGAUUACGAUAAUUUGCAGAAAUUAUGCAACAUCAGUGGUCUACAGAACAGGGAUAAUUCCAAAAGUACACCUGAAGCCCACAAAGAAUUCCUACAGCAAUAUCGAAAUAUAUUUAUUCAACCAAAAGCUGUGUUACCCAAGAUUCCUGAAUUAGCAAGCACAUUGAACAAAAGAUCAAAUAGAAAUGUAUCAGCAAAAGAUGAUAAUCAUCUGAAAAAACUACAGUCCAAGCAGGAUGGGGUGCCACAUCAUUUCCAAGAACAAAUUAAGAUCCUUACUGGAAUACUUAGUAAGCUUCCCUAUUACAGAACACGCUCUGAGCAUCUGAUUAUUUAUAAAAUACUGAGCUUAUUUCCAGCGAUCAAAACACAGUUUACAGACCCAGAGCUUAAAGAACUAAGUGGACGGAUAAUCAUGGAAUCAUGGGACAGAGGAUGCAUAGUAUUUGGAUACCAGGCAUUCUAUAUGAUCCUAAAAGGCUGUGCCAAGCCCUAUGAAAUGCUUGGUAACACAGUAAACUCUAAAGAUCUACAUCCUUGGCUUGAUCCACCAAUAAAACUGUUGUCUUUUGGAGACAGCUUUGGUUCUUUGAUACCUAUUCCAAAUGAUGCCAGUCACAAGGUUUUGUCAGUACUUACGAAGGCCAACUGUGAACUUGUCAAAAUAUCCAUCGGACAAUAUGAAAAUGUAAAAAAGGAAAUAUUGGCGCAUAAUAAUGCAUUGAAAGAAGAGCUGGUCCAAGCGUGUCCAUUUUAUCAGCAAUGGCCAAAACUGUCUCUUCAUAAACUGAUUGAGUUAAUCAAGUGGAAGAAAUUUCCAAAAGAUUAUGUUUGCACAGGAGUCCAUGAUUUAACAGCAGGCAGGAAUUCUUCUCCACCCACUGUUAUAGUAAAAGAAGGCGAAAUCAGUUCAUUUGUAGGAUACAUAAAGUCUGGCCAGUGCAACAUUUUCAAAGACCUGGUGAAACUUCCACUUGGAAAAACGUUAAGUGAAUUGAAGCAAGUUAUCGUGGGAAAACUUGGAGAAAAGGAAUCUUUUGGAGAGAUCAGCAUUCUUCUUAAAAAACCCUUCUCCUGUUCAAUUAUCACAGCAACGAAAGUUGAACUUGGAGUUAUUUCAGAUCAUGAUUUGUUAGAACUUGAUUCAGUAAUUCAAAUGCUUCUUCAGCAUACAGCAGAACCAAUUCUGGGUAACCUCACUCAGGAAGAAAUCAAUAAUAGAUACGUUUUUCUGGAAAAGGAGAAAAAGUGGAGAAAGUUUAAGGAAAAAGUGAUCAAAGAAACUAUUUUGUACAGAGGAAUAAAAUUUGAUGUUGGAAAAUGGAACCAAAGCUGGAGCAGAAAUGAACGAUCAAAGGCAAAGCUGUGUCCUUCGUUUAAGUCUAUAACCAGAUUGAAAUAACAGGAUGGAUCUUUAAUCAUCUAAUUCUCACUAACAAUUGGAGUUCAUUAGUUGUGCUCCCACUUCCCACCUCUUGUCUCUUAAAAAAAGUGUAUUGCUGUAGAACAGGAAACUAAAUAUUAUUCUCUUAUUUUUUUAAAAUUUAUUUUCAUUAUUUAAGACUGCUGUGUCUUAAAAACAAUGUACAUGUUGUGACCUUUCGUAAUGUAUUAUUGUUUUCCCACUUUCACCUCACAUACUGGAAAAACUACUUUAUUUGUCGACUACAAGGGGAUUCAAUUAACUUAUUUUCUCCAGUACAUAAACCUUCAAUGAAUGACAUAUGCAAAAGGAUAUGUCAAUUAAAUCUAGGUUUCCUCAUUAGGGUUAUAUUUUUGUAUUUGGUAUUAUUUAUUUAGAAUACUUACUCUGGAAAAUCAUAAAUGUAAAGCUACAUGACACAUUGCUGUUAGGUUAAUCUCAUUGCAAACAAAAGGUCUAAUAGCCACAAUCAUACAAAUUUUACUAGCAUCAGUAGGAACAUAGCUAACGCAAAUACCAGACCAAUACCAAUUAUGAACAUGCUGUACUUACAAAUGUAGAACUUAGGUGCUGGAGGAAGUCACAUGGUUUCUCAAAUUUGUAUUGUUCUUUGACAAAAUCAUGACUGAUCAUGAUUGUUUUUGAUUAGUUAUGAAACAGCUUUUUAAAAUUACUGUAAAAUAUAUCGUUUAUAAAAUUGUGUUUAU